AUGGCACUCGGCGGUUUCUGUCAGGAUUGCUUCAAGGGCACGCUCCGGGGCGAUGCGCAGCCGACGGGGACAGUGGAGACCAUCCACGGCCUGCCGACCUACGUCGCCCGCCCCGACCCGAGCAGCCAAGGCGAGCCGCUGGGGCUGGUGGUCAUCGUGCCGGACGUCUUUGGCUGGGAGCUGCUCAACACGCGGGCGCUGGCCGACUCGUACGCCCGCAGGGGUCCCUUUGUGGUCUAUCUCCCGGACUUUAUGGACGGCGCCGCCCCGCCGGCAUACAGCCUCGCGCUCCUAGACAAGAUCGAGAAGCCCAGCCCGUCGUGGUGGGCGGCGCUGAUACAGAAGCCGUGGCUGGCGCUGCAGCUGGUGGCCAUUUUCGUGCCGCGGCUGUUGCGCAUCCGCGGCUCCGUCACGACGCCCCGGGUGCACGCCUUUUUCCAGGCCCUCCGCCGCGCCGCCGCCUCCUCCUCCUCCUCCUCCUCCCCGACGACGAUAGCCGCAGCAGCAGCACCUCCAAACGGCAAGGUCGGCGUGGUGGGCUUCUGCUGGGGCGGGCGGCACGCCAUCGACCUGUGCGGCGCCGAGGCCGAGGACGGGCGGUCGCUGGUGGACUGCGGCUUCACGGCGCACCCGUCCAUGGUCAAGAUCCCCGACGCGCUCGAGCGGGUGCGGGUGCCGCUGAGCGUGGCCAACGGCGACAACGACGCCUUCAUGGGCCGCGACAAGAUGGCGACGCUCAAGAGGGUGCUGGAGGGGGUGGUGCGGGACGGGUCAGGGGGCGGCGACGGCGGCGGCAGAGUGCACGAGGUGGUGGUCUACGAGGGCGCCAUCCACGGUUUUGCCGUCCGCGGCAACCCGGCCGACCCCCGGCAGGCGGAGUUGGGGCUCAAGGCGGAGGACCAGGCGGUCAGCUGGUUUCGACGACAGUUUUCGUCGACUUAG